CCGCUACCGAGGCCGAGCGGAGCCGUUAGCGCCGCGCCGCCGCCGCCCGCCCGCCCCGGAGCAGCCCCGGGCCCGCCCGCUCGCGUCCAGAUUUUUUAAAAAAUACAAUGUCUAAUGGUUAUGAAGACCACAUGGCCGAAGACUGCAGGGAUGAUAUCGGGAGAACGAAUUUAAUUGUCAACUACCUCCCUCAGAACAUGACCCAGGAUGAGUUGCGGAGUCUGUUCAGCAGUAUCGGUGAAGUUGAAUCUGCAAAACUCAUUCGGGAUAAAGUAGCAGGGCACAGCUUGGGCUACGGCUUUGUGAACUACGUGACUGCCAAGGAUGCGGAGAGAGCGAUCAACACCCUGAAUGGCCUGCGGCUCCAGUCAAAAACCAUUAAGGUGUCGUACGCUCGCCCGAGCUCAGAGGUCAUCAAAGACGCCAACCUGUACAUCAGUGGGCUCCCGCGGACCAUGACCCAGAAGGACGUGGAGGACAUGUUCUCUCGGUUUGGGCGAAUCAUCAACUCCCGGGUCCUUGUGGAUCAGACCACAGGUUUGUCCAGAGGGGUUGCGUUUAUCCGGUUUGACAAACGGUCGGAGGCAGAAGAGGCAAUUACCAGUUUCAAUGGUCAUAAACCCCCAGGUUCCUCCGAGCCCAUUACAGUGAAGUUUGCAGCCAACCCCAACCAGAACAAAAACGUGGCGCUGCUCUCCCAGCUGUACCACUCGCCCGCCAGACGGUUCGGAGGCCCCGUUCACCACCAGGCGCAGAGAUUCAGGUUCUCCCCUAUGGGUGUAGAUCACAUGAGUGGGCUUUCUGGUGUCAAUGUCCCGGGCAACGCGUCUUCGGGCUGGUGCAUCUUCAUCUACAACCUUGGGCAGGACGCCGAUGAGGGGAUCCUCUGGCAGAUGUUUGGCCCCUUUGGGGCAGUCACCAAUGUGAAAGUGAUUCGCGACUUCAACACCAACAAGUGCAAAGGCUUUGGCUUUGUGACCAUGACAAACUAUGAAGAAGCCGCCAUGGCCAUAGCAAGUCUGAACGGCUACCGCCUGGGGGACAAAAUCUUACAGGUUUCCUUCAAAACCAAUAAGUCCCACAAAUAACUCGCUCAUGCUUUUUUUUUUUUUUGUACGGAAUAGAUAAUUAAGAGUGAAGAAGUUGAAACUUUUUUGUUAGUGUACAACUCAUUUUGCGCCAAUUUUCACAAGUGUUUGUCUUAGUCUAAAUGAGAAGUGAAAAGGUUUUUAUACUCUGGGAUGCAACCGACAUGUUCAAAUGUUUGAAAUCCCACAAUGUUAGACCAAUUUAAGUUUCUUAAGUUAUUUCCUUUAAAAUAUAUAUUAAACAGAAAUCUAAGUAGACUGCAUUGACUAACCAGUCCCUCGGGACGGUGGUGAACCUGAAGCAUGCUUUAACUUCUAAGACUGUCUAACACUCGUUUCAUUCGGUGUCUCCACAAACUGGAUAUAAAAAAAAAAAAAAAAGACCUUUUUAGUUUUAGUUUUCAAACUAAAGAUGUUAGACAGAUGCUGAGUGUGCGUUUUCUCAACCGCUUCAACAUUUUAAGCGAUUUCUGCUUUGGUUAACAGGAAAUUGCUUUCCCCAGCAGGUGCCAUUGCCACUCCUGCUCACUCAGCCCCGGGGCUCUGCAGCGGUGCCAUUUGAUGGGGAGGGGGGGCCGCCACCGGGGAGGGGGGGCCGCACGCCGGGCCACGCCGGGCCCUCCAGAGAAGGACACGCACAGGUUUUGCAAGCCCAGGCGCCAAUGGGAACGGACCAAAGAGUUUCAGGGAAACUCCAGUAGAUUUCAGAGUCAGACCUAACUCCAGGCGCGCCUGAAGACGUGCUGCUGAUCCUCUGACUUCCCGAAUUUCUGUGCACACGUUGCAUGCACGGUGCCCCGCACACCGGGCGCUGGUGUUCCCAAUCAUUUCUCCACUUUUCCCAGAGCAGUUCACACAGCUCGAAUGCCUAAGAUCGCUCUAUAUUUUAAGAACACAGAAACAUUUGAGCAUUGUAUUUCUCGCAUCCCUUCUCGUGAGCGCUAGACUUGUUUCUAUUUUAGUCGGAUUUUGUUUUGAAACUUUGCUUUCGUAUGAACACUCAGCAGAAAAGUACUUACUUCUUGCCAGUUAUCUAUUAACAACAAAAAAAAAAACAAAAAAAAAACAAAAAAAAAAACCUUUGAUUUGUAGUUUUAAAGAUUAACCCUCCCAAGUUCUCUUCAUAACUGCCUUGACAUUUUGGGUUGUUCUGUUCUGUUAAUUUUCUUUUGCUUUUUUGUGUUUUUUGUUUGUUUUUACUUUUGCAUUUAAGACCAUUAAAUUUGAUUUUGUUUUGCUCGAA